ACUUUUUCGCAGUACAUGCAUAGCGCGCGCAUCGCGAGUGGAUGCCGCCGGCGAACGAGAUCCUCUACUGUCUACGGCUCUACUCUGGGUCUCUGCGUUGCCGUUGAUGCGAAUACCUCUACUAUUUCCGUCUUUUCUAACUCUUAAAAACGUCAGUACUGGUCACAAUGGCACAGUCAUCGUGGGGGAAAGAAAUGUCUGAUGACAUGGAUGAUGAAUACUGGAAUGAAAAACCUGGAAAAAGGAGAAAUUUCUUUGACGAUAAACCAACAUCUCCUCCGCCUGAUUCUACUGAUUCAGGCAAGAAGGAAACCCGCUGUUUUGCGCAAUCGUUGAAAGAUGCCGGCUUGGACAUCGAUAAUGAGCCAAGAGAUUUCAUCAGCAUGCACGGGGGAGUGCCAAGAUUCUCAAAGGAUGCUGGAAGAACGCACUCCGGCAGCUUCAGUAGUGGAUCAGCGACGGGCCGUCCACACUCCCUUCAGUCUGCCCGAGGCACGUCGUUGACACCCCAAUCCUCUGCAGGUUCCAACUCCGUUCCUGUGGAGCUGAAGACUUCACGGAGCAGCAGCGUGGUGGUGGAGGGGAGCGGAAAGAGUUCCAGUGCCACGUCAUCGACCACCAGUAGCCCAGCGGCGUCCGGUCCGGGAACAGACGGACUGUAUGUUCAUCGCAGAUCAGCUAGCGCAUCUCUAGGAGAUAAAAAGAAUACAUCACAAUCGUCAUCUCCUGGCUCCUCACAUGGAAGUCACCAUGGUAGCUCUGCAUCAAUUGAUGAAACCACCAAGAAAGAUACCAGACCAUCCAUGACAGAGGUUGCUAAACUUCAAGCAGAGAUUCAUGCCUUACAUAGAAAAAUAAAGAGUCUUGAAAAAUCCCGCUGGUCUGCUCUUCCCGUAGCGGAUACUGUCAGUCGUAUCAUCACCGGUGAGAGGUAUUCACUUGAACCCUACAAGUCACUCAAAGACAAGAUGACUCUUUUAGAUGCUGCUAUUGGUUUCCAUGAUGGAAAUGCUAUCAUUGCGAUAGUAAUGUUUUUGAAGAAAACGCUCAGCAAAACUAUAUUUCACCAGGAGCUGAGUAAGAGGCCAGAGGCUGUCAACCAAUACAUAUCAUUCCUAAAAUCUUACCAGUCUAAGGAGGAGUCCGUUGCAGCUGAAUUAGGAGCACUAGGAAGAGUUGAAGAAGCUGCAUUGUGGAGGUAUAAACUAGCCAGCCAGACUGAACUUCCGCAGCAAAGGCUCACUAGAAUAAUGGACUGCAAUUCGAUGUACUUCCAGCGCAAAGAAUCUUUAGCCACCGAAAAUGAAAUAAUCAAAGAACAAGUUUUGCUUCUCAACAAGCAACUGCAGAUUGAGCCAAGAGAUCAGAGGUAUCAGAUAGAAGGAAGGUUUCCAUUCCGAGAGCUCCCUAGGAAGACAUCUUUAUACUUUCAGCCAGUCAUCACAACUCUCUUCUACUGUUGCCUCUACCAUUAUGCUAGUCAGGAGUCUGACAUGAGCAAUCCACAAACUCUGAAGAGAGAAUUCAACCUUUCAGAUAAACAGUUCUUAUUCCAAGCACUGCUGGCCAGGGCAAAACUCAAGGAUUGGACUCAGGUAGAAGCCCUAUUAACUUCCAAAAACUGGUUAGGUAAAGCUAAAAUGAAGGCAGCAGUCACUUUCAGUCAAGUUGUUUAUAUACUUGUAACAGUCAAAGCGCCAACAGAGAUCAUUGCCAAAUAUAUGAUGUUCAUUGAAGACAAAGAAUCACGAAUUGCCAUGGCAACCAAAUUCAAGAUUCAUGUAGUAGUGAUAGACACUCUUGCCCAGCUGAAGGACCGUCAGCGUCUACUUGCAUACAGACCGCAGUGUAUCAACACACCGGCGGACACACACUUUGAAAUUGUCCUAAGGAAUACAGAUCACAAAUGGAAGAAUUGAACUUGGAGUUGAUGUGUAGUGAUUUCCAAUAAAAUAAACUCUUUUUCCAUGAAAGGAAAGUUGAUUUUAAAAAUGGAAGUAUGCUGCAUAACUAGUCAGAAGGUUUCAUGUAAAAGUACUUUUCAUAACGAAAAAUCAAAUGUUUCAAAUUUAUGUGGGAUCGAGAUGGUACAUACAUGUACAUGAAAUGAAAUAUUACCAAUCUCUAUAGUUUUUCCACGCACUGAGGAGAUUGAGCACACCAAAGAUGUAUUCUUAUAAUUCAGAAUAUAAACAGAAAAAUUUGCAAUAGUGCUAAGUGGUUAGUGGUAAUUAAAUACCCGACUACUAAGAAAGCAUGAAUGCUUCUUAGUGAGCAAUCAGAGAAUUGAUGGUUUAAGGUCCUUUCCAAGGGACAUGGUUAUGAGGAUAAAUGCCCUACCAAAAGAUACUUCAUUGUUUGAAUGUGGACCUGGAAUUUUUUAUCACAAAUACUUGCAAUACCGAUAUUUAGUAUAUUCCGCCCAAUUUCUGAUUAUAUCCAGAGUUUGAAAAAAUUGUAAGUUUUUAAGUUCUCAAUUUUUUUUAUUAAUGGGAACCUAGUUUUCAAAAUAUUAUAUUAAUCUGUUAUUAAUGAGUGGAUGACUUACCAGUCUGUAAUAGUUAACUGUUGAUAUAUCUGACAAACCUCAGGUAAGCAUUAUGGUUCUCAAGGAUAACCUUAAUUUGAACAGUAUAUGCAUAGAAUUUGGGUAUUUUAAAUGGUUAUUUACAUAUAAUUUUAUGGAAUGAAAUUGGGUAUUGAUGACUAUACUCGUAAUAUACAUGUUUAUUAGUACCAGAGUAUUUGAAUUUAAGUUCAUGUUUUAUCAAGUAGGAACCUGUCUUCAUAAAGGGUGUGAUUGAUUUAAAUCAAUCUUUAGUAUGGAAAGCCAAUGAGGCCAUAUUUUUGUGUGUGUAUAGAAUGUGCAUGUACUCUUCAGCCCAAAUGCACAGAAGAGGUUUAAACCAGGAGGGGUUAAAAUACCGUUGACUGUGCAUAUUUCAUGUAUAAUUGCACUUAAUUUAGGGCCCCUUUGUAAAAAGCAUUCAUUUAUUAUUGGACCUUUCACUGUAAUCUGUAUAUUGAUCCAUGGUUUUGUUAAUUUCAUAGAUUUGGACCUUCAUAUUUGCUUGUACAUUUGUCAUCGAUCUGACCAAUCUUGCAAUCAUUGUUUACAAAAGAACGUUGCACAUGCCACCUUGAUGAUGAAUCUUGGCAUCACUUGCUUUCCAUAGUUACGAUCUAUUUGAAUCAAUUGCAUUUCUUUGUAAGACAGGGACCAUUGUCUGUCAUAGCACACAAUUUAAGCUGAAAAAAUUGUGAAGAAUAGGAAACUAAUAAAAUAUGAAUUUUAAUGAAUUAAUUGGUACAUUGUAAUUGCCAUGAAUAUGACAGAAUUAUUAUGAAAUCUACUAUAGGAGUGUUUAAAAUUCUAGUUUAGACUUGGGUUAAACCCGGGUCAGAACAUCACCCAUAGAAUAUGAGGAGCAUAGUACUUGUGCUCUAUAGAUAUAAUGUGUCUCUAUCAUGCCUUGUUGUUAAUAUGAAGGGUUUGUCGAAUAGAGAAGAGUUGCCAAUUUGAGUAUGAUCACUGUUUUAAAUUGUCUUUCAGUACUAGUUUGUGAGUGUUUGGAUGGUAUUGAGUGGAACUGAGAAAUGUCAUGAAAUAUAGUAGUGUGUAUCUGUAUAGCAGCAGAGUCAGGGAUGUUUUUAGCUCCAAACAACUACUUAAUCGUUCAACAUUUCCAUGGCUGCAUUGGAUUGUGUAUAGUUGAGAUUAUAUCCCUUAUUUAAGAUUGUUGUAUUGAGAGUGUACACAAGGAGAAAAAGAAUAGUUUUACUACGAAAAACGUUUGCCAUGAAAUAGUUAAUUUUCCUUGCUGACGUCACGCAUAGUCAAUUUUUUCCCUAGGGAAAAAGUGAACUAUACGUUUUUUUACCCCGCCCCCUACUCGAUUUGCGAGCUGUGCGGCGCGAGGCGAGCAGAGCGCUGCUCAGCCCAACGGUACUCUCUACUGCAUGCCACGGGCAACUUUCGGCGAGCUGCACUAACCAGGUGCGCUCGCUGAACAGACGAUCAAUACGGCAAGGCUUAUUGUUUUCUCAACUUCUCAAUGAUUGUUCCAUCAUCGACUUAUUAAAAAUCAUUUUGCUGUAAAAGUCGGGUAUCAACGAAGAAUAUCGUAUGAAGAAUAUAUAUGAGUGGAAGGGAUAUAAAACAAAUAUACAAUGACCCAUUCUCGGAACUGGCUAAAACUAUUUGCACUCAGGAACAUCACAUAGUACUAUUCUCCCUCGGGCCGAUGGCCCUCGGGAGAAUAGUAAUAUAUGAUGUUCCUUCGAUGCAAAUAGUUUUAGCCAGAUCCUCGAGUGUCAUUGUAUAUUUGUAUAAUAUCCUCCAAAGAGUGAAUCAUAGAUUCUGCAGAUCUGUAGCAUCAGAUAUGAGUAACAAAGUUAAUACUAUGCUUACUUUUCUCUUUUAUUUUGUAGAGCUGACAAUUUGUUAAAGAGAUAUUUGAACAUUUACAUUUGAAUAAUGAUACUGAAGUGCAUUAGAUGAAAGCGAAUCAUGUAUUGAAAUAUUGUUGUUGGUUGAGAAUUAAUGGUAUAUUAUAUUUUCAUAAUCUUAACCGACCCUUGCAAUCAAUACGCUUUGAAAAUGUAUAAAUAUCAAGAAAGUACUAGUACUUGCUUUUUGAGACAUUAUUUGGAAGUCAAUGGCUACCAACAUCGAGAGAGACUUGAGUGUUUGAUUAUCGCUUCUUUUAACAUACACCAAUGCUAACCCCAACCCAAUUUAUAAUCACUGCAUUACCAAAAAAAGUUAAUUUCAUUGCAAGAUGGAUUGGAUUAGAUGUACACUUAAACCAUUCGCAUUGUUGAAUUGAUAUCCAUCACUGAAACAAAAAGUCUGGUUUAAAUGACAUAUUCAGAAAAACAUAUAGGGGCGUCGUGGUCUAGUGGUUAAGACUCGUCUUUCGAUCUGAAGGACUUGGGUUCGAUUCCAAGCCAUGGUGUGUUUUCCUUCAGCAAGAAAUUCACCCAAAUUGUGCUGCACUCAACCCUGGUGAGGUAAAUGGGUACCAGCAGGUAGUACUUCCUCUAAAAGCUGUGUGCAACGGACUCAAUAGACUUUCUUAGCCGGGGUAAUAUAGGAGCGCCUUAGCACCGAGCAAGGUGGAGGCGCGUGCUAUACAAAUCCUAUAUUAUUUUAUUUAUUUAAAGAGGAUGAAUUCAAAGAACAGACUGAUAAAUUUUUUAAGCAAAUAAGACAAUUAGAAAUUUAGGAAUUUUCGAAAGGUCUAAUUACUAUUCACAAGCAGAAGAUCCUUUUUUUGUAGAAUUUCAUGAUACUUUUUUUUUUUUAAUUACAAUACUGCAUGUUUUAUGACAUACAUUUUCUCCAAAAUUGUAUUCAACACAUGUCUAUUGCAAAUAAGUUGAAAAUGUGACUCGUUUUUUUCUGCCCAGAAUAAUUUGUGCUCAAAAAUUUUAACAAGGACCCUUUGCAUGUGGAAUUUCAAAUUAGAAAAAUAGGUGAUCUCACUGUGCUGUAUUAAAAAUAGGGACAACAUAUCAGUUUGUAAAAAAAAAUUAGCCUUGAUGUGCAUUUAAUAUACAGUAUGCUUACACUGUUCAUACAAUAUCUAAUCCUUCUAAUUAGAUCACCCAUAUAGAUUGCUUGUCCCUGCACAAAAUUCAUGUGGUUGAAAAUUAUUGUAGUUAAAAUGAGACUGAUAAUUUGGAAAUUUGCACAAAUUCUUGUUAUUCAACCUCCCCUGCACAAAUGAUGAUUAAUGAAUCAAUCAUACCUGGAAUUUAUGAUUAUUGAUUUGAUAUUUUAAGAUGCAUAUUUAUUCAAUAGAUGUGAUAUUGAAAUAGAAUUGUGGGACUUUUAUGGAUUAUCAUAGAAUAUGUAAACCAUAAUGAAUGAUUAAUGGAAAUCUAUACAAUUGUACGCACAUGAGCAUACCUGCCGUUAUUCAUUGUAAAAAUUCAAUGGAUGAAGUUCGUCUUGCAUUAAAAUGAAUACCCUGAAGUUAAAGAUAAAAUCAUUAGACCUCUGUCUAUGGUUUAUUUCCUUCUUUUUUGACCAAUUAUGCAUGUUGUCAAAUUUAGUCUACACUCAAAUCUACAUUAUAGAUUAUAAACAUAUUUCGUUUUGUUUUGGAAGAGUUCAAAGCCAGACAAACCCACUGCAUUUUUAUAUUCACAUGUCUUUUAAAUCCUUAGCCAUUCCAAUAUAUGUAUGUGGUGUGUAUGGUUUUUUUCAAAUUUUGCUUUCUGUAUUGUUACCCAAAGUGCUAUAUUUGUGAUGUGUUGAUUAUAAAAUGAUAUGUUCAAAGUGAUUUAAAUUCAGCUACAUUAUAUGGUUUAAAUGAGAAUUAAUAUGAAAUAAUAAAUAUUUUAUAUGAACCAAA